ACCCUUCUUCGUCCGUAUCUUAACGCCGUUCAAAAAGUGGGAGGGACACUAUAUAACAUGAUGGUAACAUAGUCGCACCACACAACCAGUCUUCGGCGAACGAACGAAGACAUACAGCAACAUGAAGCUAUUGGUUGUAUUGGUGGUAUCGCUGGCCGUGGUGGCCUUUGCCAGUGAGGAGAAAGGCGCACCGAAACAGGCCGCGGCCGAAGAUAAGAAGCAGGAGAAACGAGGAAUCUAUGACAUCGGUCACUAUGGCGGCGGCGGCGGUGGCGGUUACGGAGGUCACAGCUUCGGCGGAGAGAGUUUCGGUCACGGCGGAGAGGGUCUGAGCUUCGGCCACUACGGCGGCGGCGAGGGCCUCAGCCACGGCGGCGAGAGCUACGGACACGGCGGCGGCGACAGCUACGGCUACGGCGGCGGUGACUUCGGUGGCUCCAGCGGCGGCUGGAAACCCAUCUCCUCCGAGGAGAGCCACGGACACGGACACCAACACCACGAGCACGUCAAGACCAUCGAAGUAGUCAAGAAGAUCCCUGUACCUUACACCGUCGAGAAACACGUGCCUUACACCGUUGAGAAGAAAGUGCCUUAUGAAGUCAAGGUGCCCGUACCCCAACCCUACACCGUCGAGAAGAAAGUACCAUACACCGUGAAGGAGUACGUCAAAUACCCCGUGUACGUCCCUGAGCCCUACACAGUGGAGAAGAAGGUGCCUUAUGAAGUCAAGGUCCACGUUGACAAACCUUACGAAGUGAAAGUUAAAGUACCUACUCCUUACACCGUUGAGAAGAAAGUACCUUAUGAAGUCAAGGUCCCCGUGCCCCAACCCUUCACCGUCGAGAAGAAGGUCCCCUAUCCCGUGAAAUACGAAGUCAAGGUACCCCAGCCCUACGAAGUCGUCAAGAAGGUGCCUUAUGAAGUCAAAGUCCCUGUCGACAAGCCCUACAACGUGUACGUGCCCAAGCCCUACCCAGUCACCGUCGAGAAGCCUUACCCCGUCACCGUCCACAAGCACGUGCCUUACGAAGUUAAGGUCCCCGUCGACAAGCCCUACAAGGUCGAGGUUGAGAAGCCUUACCCAGUGCACAUCAAGGUCCCAGUGCCCAAGCCUUACGACGUGUACAAGAAGAUCCCCUACACCGUUGAGAAGAAGGUUCCUUACGAAGUGAAGGUGCCCAUCGACAAGCCUUACCCCGUGUACAAGGAAGUGCCCGUUCCCCUCGUGAAGGAGGUGCCCUACCCCGUGAAGGUGCACGUGCCCUUCUACAUUAAGAAAGAGGAGGAGCAGCACCACCACCACCACGAGCAGCAGCAGUCGCACGGAUGGCACUGAGUGACCCUAGGCUAAGUCUCACUUUGUACCUUGUAGGUUAAGUUCAGAAAUGUGAUCAAUUAGUAUUUUUAGUGUAUAUAUAUUUUGCUAAAUUUGAUGAAUGUCUUGGUGCUGUUCGCCCGCACUCGCUGCGACGUGACGUGUGACGGCCUAGUUGAUGCGUUGCAGAACGAAUUACGAAUACUGUUACUUAAUCGAUACUCAUGGAAUCUUAUCGAUUUCAAUACUGUUACCAUUUUUAAACAACUGACCAAAUAUGAAAUUGUAUCGUCGUAGUUUUGCUGAACAGUUGGGAUAUAUUGAUGGCCGCAUAGCAUUGUAUUUGAUGCGCGGACAGUUGUAGAUAAUUACCUGUUAUUACUUCUUUAGCUUUUAUAUGCUUUGUUAUAAUGUAACUUGACAAAGUACAUGUACUUUGAGUUGAGGCUGAUUUAAUAAAAUGUGUGGAAUGUUUAUA